ACAUACAGUCGAAACCAAAACAUAAYUAAUAAACUGUCGGAAAAAAUCAAUGUUUGAUAAGACAACUGAAGACAACAACAACAACAAUAAUAACAGUGAUAAUGGCUUACAUCGGACACAAAACACUGGAAUCGUUGACCACUAAUACYAUAACCAUCGAUGACCURAAACAYGCCCGCAGUUUGUCGCUAGUGUUGGGCAUCCGUAUCGGUUCGGGUACCUUCUCGGAUGUAUUCAUAGCUAAAUAUAAGUCUCGUAGAGUGGCCGUCAAAUUUAAUGAUAAACGAUUGGUCAGAGAAAAAUAUAACGACCAGGAAUUAGUGGUCAUCAAUAUACUGUUGAGAGCACCGGGACAUAGAAAUGUCAUCAGAUUUUUAGAUCUAUUCGAAAACUACAGUCGCAGUCAGGAAUGGAUACUAAUGGAGUUGUUUGACGGCCGGGAAUUGUACGAUAAGAUUAUGGAAAAUAACGGUCCGUUCGCUGAACGGGUAGCUAAACAGUAUAUGAAACAAAUGGUCGAUGGAUUGGCCUAUUUGCACGGUCUGACUAUUGUGCACCGGGAUAUCAAACCGUCAAACGUAAUGAUUAAGGAAACCAAUGGACAACAAUUGGCGCUCAAGUAUAUUGAUUUCGGUUUUUCACGUGUGGUCGACAUCAGCAACAACGGUAAGGCCAUCUGUUCCAGUCAUGUGGGAACUGAUCCAUAUAUGGCACCGGAAGUGUUCGACAAAGAGGAAGACUAUAAUGCCUUCAAAAGCGAUAUCUAUAGCGUAGGUGUCAUACUCUAUGUGAUGAUCUAUUGGAUAAAUCCGUUUUAUGGCCAAACACGCGAUGAUAUUAUCCGAUUGAAACAAAAACCGGUAGAAUUUCCCGACGAUAUGCAAGUAUCCGAUAGUGUCCGACAAUUGUUGGCAAACAUACUGUGUUUGGAUCCCAUCAAUAGGUUUCAUAUCAAUCAGAUAUUGGACUCCGAUUGGAUGAAACAGUAA